AUGUGUGAGAACCACCUCAAAAGUAAAGCUGACGCCACUGCACAAAUUGAAGUCAUACCAUGCAAAAUUUGUGGCGAUAAAUCCUCCGGGAUUCACUACGGCGUUAUCACGUGCGAAGGUUGCAAGGGUUUCUUUAGGAGGAGCCAACAGAAUAAUGCCUCUUAUUCCUGCCCAAGGCAGAGAAACUGUUUGAUUGACAGAACCAACAGAAACCGUUGCCAACACUGCCGACUGCAGAAGUGUCUUGCUCUAGGAAUGUCGAGAGAUGCGGUGAAGUUCGGCAGGAUGUCCAAGAAGCAGCGGGACAGCCUGUACGCCGAGGUGCAGAAGCACCAGCAGCGGCUGCAGGAGCAGCGGCAGCAGCAGAGCGGCGAGGCCGAGGCCCUGACCCGCGUGUACAGCAGCAGCCUCAGCCACCUGAGCGGCGAGACGGGCGGCUCCUUCCACGCCAACGGGCACGCCAUCGACCUGCCCAAGUCCGAGGCCUACUACAACGUGGACUCAGGUCAGCCCUCCCCGGACCAGUCAGGACUGGACAUAACUGGCAUCAAACAGAUCAAGCAAGAACCCAUCUACGACCUCACCUCCGUCCCCAACUUGUUUACCUAUAGCUCUUUCAACAACGGGCAGUUAGCUCCAGGGAUCACCAUGACAGAGAUCGAUCGAAUUGCACAAAACAUCAUCAAGUCCCACCUGGAGACGUGUCAGUACACCAUGGAGGAGCUGCACCAGCUGGCAUGGCAGACUCACACCUAUGAGGAGAUUAAGGCGUAUCAAAGCAAGUCCAGGGAAGCUUUGUGGCAGCAGUGUGCCAUCCAGAUCACUCACGCCAUCCAGUACGUGGUUGAGUUUGCAAAGCGGAUCACAGGCUUCAUGGAGCUCUGUCAGAAUGACCAGAUUCUACUUCUGAAGUCAGGUUGUUUGGAAGUGGUUUUGGUGAGAAUGUGCCGUGCCUUCAAUCCAUUAAACAACACUGUCCUGUUUGAAGGAAAAUAUGGAGGAAUGCAAAUGUUCAAAGCCUUAGGUUCUGAUGACCUAGUGAAUGAAGCAUUUGACUUUGCAAAGAAUCUGUGUUCCUUGCAGCUGACUGAGGAGGAGAUUGCUUUGUUCUCCUCUGCUGUUCUGAUAUCUCCAGACCGAGCCUGGCUGAUAGAACCGAGGAAGGUCCAGAAGCUUCAGGAAAAAAUUUAUUUUGCACUUCAACAUGUGAUCCAGAAGAAUCACCUGGAUGAUGAGACAUUGGCAAAGUUAAUAGCCAAGAUACCAACCAUCACUGCGGUUUGCAACUUGCACGGUGAGAAGCUGCAGGUAUUUAAGCAAUCUCAUCCAGACAUAGUGAACACACUGUUUCCUCCCUUGUACAAGGAGCUCUUUAACCCUGACUGUGCCACCGUGUGCAAAUGAAGGGCCCAAGACAGCUGUCUCCUGGUCGUGGAAUGCAUCACUUUUAAGACAAAAGCAAUGUGUUCAUGAAGACCUCAGAAAAAAAAAAAAAUGUCACUACUGCAACGUUAGGAAUGUCCUGCACUUAAUAGAAUUAUUUUUCACCGCUACAGUUUGAAGAAUGUACAUAGGCACCUGAAUGGGGCUCUUUUUGUUGUUCGUUGGUUUGGGAAAUGACCAUAAAUAUACAAUAUAGGACACUGGGUGUUAUCCUUUUUUUAUUUUAUUCAGGUAUGUUUUGAAGACAACUGUUUAUAGAAUUUUAUUGUAGAUACAUUCGAGAACAGAGCGGUACUUUACAUGGUUACUUUUCCUGUUGAUUG